CCGCAUGCAUGACACUCCGAAAAGGAGAGAAAAUGACCAUAAGUAUCCAGGAGCACAUGGCUAUUGACGUCUGCCCCGGCCCCAUCAAACCCAUCAAGCAGAUCUCCGACUACUUCCCCCGCUUCCCCCGCGGGCUCCCCGCCGCCGUCGGCCGCAGCAGCGCCCUGCGCUCCGCUGUCAGCCAGCCUUCCGUCAGCCCCGCUGAGGCCCCCCGCGAAGAGGACGAGGACGUGGACCAGCUUUUCGGGGCGUAUGGCACGACGCCUGCCGAACAGCCAGCCAAGUGCCAGGCACCCGAGGAGGUGGUGGACCCCGAGGGCUACGAGUCCGACGACUGCACCACGCUGGGGACGCUGGAUUUCAGCUUGCUGUAUGAUCAAGAAAACAAUGCUCUCCACUGCACGAUCAAUAAAGCCAAGGGCCUGAAGCCGAUGGACCAUAAUGGUUUGGCCGAUCCAUACGUCAAAUUGCACUUGCUUCCCGGAGCCAGUAAGGCAAAUAAACUGAGAACCAAAACGCUGCGCAACACGCUGAACCCCACCUGGAACGAGACACUCACCUACUACGGCAUCACCGAUGAGGACAUGAUCCGCAAGACCCUGCGGAUCUCGGUCUGCGAUGAGGACAAGUUCCGCCACAACGAGUUCAUUGGGGAGACGAGGAUCCCGCUGAAGAAACUGAAGCCCAACCAGACCAAAAACUUCAACAUCUGCCUGGAGAAGCAGCUGCCGAUAGAUAAAACAGAGGACAAGUCGCUGGAGGAGCGCGGCCGGAUCCUCAUCUCCCUCAAGUACAGCUCGCAGAAGCAGGGGCUGCUGGUGGGCAUCAUCCGCUGCGCCCACCUGGCCGCCAUGGAUGCCAACGGCUACUCCGACCCCUACGUCAAAACUUACUUGAAACCGGAUGAGGACAAGAAAUCAAAACAUAAGACGGCGGUGAAGAAGAAGACGCUGAACCCAGAGUUCAAUGAGGAGUUUUGCUAUGAGAUAAAGCAUGGCGACCUGGCGAAAAAGACCUUGGAAGUCACAGUGUGGGACUACGAUAUCGGGAAAUCAAAUGAUUUCAUAGGUGGAGUCGUGUUAGGAAUUAAUGCCAAAGGGGAGCGGCUGAAGCACUGGUUUGACUGCCUGAAAAACAAGGACAAGAAAAUCGAGCGCUGGCACACGCUAACGAACGAGCUGCCGGGGGCCGUCCUCAGCGACUGAGCGCCACGGGGCCGCUCCACAGGCGGGCACAGCUCUGCCGGCCACAGCCUUUGGACUUCUCUCGUUUACGGCUUUGGCUACGGGGGAUCGUGGUACCGGGGCAGCCGGGAGAGCGGGACGCCCCACGCCACGGCCCGGCUGCAGGGAAAAACCCUUCCCAGGGAACAAGGCAGCGGCGGUUUGCUCUGCUCGGCAGGUCCCGUCCCCCAAGGCUUUUCCAAAAUGCCUCUUUGCACCCCGACACGCUCACACGCACUCGCGAGCAUGCGCGUGCAUGCAGAGACACACACACACACACACACACACGUGUGCACACGCACACACGGACACCACACGCCUGCAUGCCCUGCAGUUCCGACUGCUCUCCUAACUCUUUGCUAUACUGAAUCACCUUCUCGCUGCCUUGCAAUUCAGUGGCGACAAUGAAUGCGUCCGUCUCCGUGCGUGUAUCUAAUAUGAGCAAAAGGCAUCACUCAAACAUGGAACUAUUUCCUCAAGGCAGUUGUGCCAUAUUUCUGGUGGUUUGUCAGUCUCUGUGGUUUGGGCCUAAACAGUCUUUUAUGCAUUUAAAGCUCCUCCCUUGGAAUGAUCGUGUCCCCUGAUAACCUAGGAAGACUGUUUGCUUUUCUUCCAGGAAUGUUGUGCUCGUCCUCUCCGAUAACCCGCGUGAUGUUAGGCAGCAAGCUGAAAGGGCUGCGCAGACCGCGCCUUCCCUCUCGCAGCCCCCGGGAUCGGGUGGCUUCGCGUUUGCAGAAGUGGAGGGGCAAAAUAAAAAAAGCUCUGCGAAGCCGCCAGCCGUUCCUGCUUCCCGGGACCGGCAGCGAAGCCUCACGCUGCCCUCACAGCAGCCGCUCUCCUAAUGAAACCAUGCCUUCCCGCCCGGAGCUACGCAGCCGGGCUUCAGCAUGGCUGGUUUUCCAACAAAGCCGGCUUUCAGGCUAAAUUUUUCUGUCACUUUUCCCUUAGUCAUCCUUUUCUAAUUCACACCAUUACCUAAAACCCAACCAAGGUGAUUUACACCGCGAGCCGUGGGGCCAAGCCCGCAUCACGUUUGCGGACGCUCAGCUCCAGCGCGGCCAUCAGGUUGGUCUGUUUUCUGCCUCAAACAGCACGCAAACCAAAUUUCUGUGUACGGCACAGUUACAGUAUAAUAAUAUCAUCAUCAUAAUCCCAGCUGUCUUCCUCUGUGACCCACCCUGUCUGGUGGGAUGAGCUAAAACUUUCUGCGAAAUGCUGCACCUUGCCAGAAAUUUUUGAAGCCUUUAACCCCUGAUUUCUUAGGAAGAGCUGCUGUUUCCCCGUCGAUCCCGAUUACCGACAGCUUCCGAGCCCCGUAGCUGUGUGUGCGUGCGUGCGCGCGUGUUGCCGAUUUUUUUUGGGGGGGGGCGGGGGGGAGGGAAGCAAUCGGAUCUCUGGAAACCCACGUUUACUUUUCAAAGUGACGAUCGUGUUACACCUUGUUUGAUAUGGGGGGGAAUAAAACAACAUUCAUAGGGGCUUUUUUAAUAACUUAAUAUUUGUAAGGCAAUCUACAGAUAUGCAUGGAUUUUAUUUGAAUGCCGGCAGUGUGUCAAGUAGGAUGUUCCCGGUAAUCCUCUCUGUCUGUCACUGGUCCAGCACCUUAAAACCUGGUUUGGGUCUGAGCUUCCAGGAGAGCUACGGGAGCGCGGGGUCGGCUGUGCCUCCCUUUUCUUGCAAAGUUACUUUCAACCCAUCCUUUGUUUCAGCACAUCUUGCCACGAAACUGGUUUGCGCCUGAGGCGGAGUAGGACGCGACGUGUGCGGGUGGGUUCCUUCACUUCGUAUCCCGGUCUUUUCGAAGCGGACGGUGCGUCCGUCCGUCCCAGCUGCAUGCAGAGUGGUGGUCGUCAUGCCAGGCCUCGUGAAAUGUUUGAUACUGAUGUUUUGCUACCAUGUGAAGGCUGCAGAAACUGUCCUUACCUGCAUCCUAAAAGACUUUUGUAUUUCAGUAUUAUCUAUCUGUGUACUUUUUGUCAGUUUUGUUAAUAUUUAUAACGAGAACCCAAAAUAAAAAGGGAUUAAAAAAAAAAAAAAA